GCAAACCCGAAAUUGCCAGUUCUCUGCAUUGGAUAAAAAGAAGAGAGAGAGAUGUGUCAGUCUACAAAUUGUACCACUCUUGGUACAACUUGUGUGCGCAGAGAGGGAGAAAUCUGAUAUUUCAUGAUACAGCAUCAAAGGAAGACACAAUUUUACCCAUUUAAAUUCAUGAGUUGAUGGGGUCUUCCAAUCGGCUUUACGGAGAAACUGGCAGGAAGGGAACGGUAUGAAGUGAAUUGACGGAGAAUGCAGAAUCUCGAUCCAGGCCAUUAUGUUGAGGAGACCUGCUAAUGUGAGCCUGCAAUCCAUGACCUGUUCACCAAUUAUCCGCUUCAGUUUAGACUGAGAAAUCAUUUCGUUCAGUGGUGUAGGUUGUCUGUCAACACACCAUGGGGAGCCUCGUUGGGAUUUCCGGCAGCUGCGUGUCCUGCCGAGUUCCUUCCGAGGUUUGCUACCUUCCGAUACGGAAUGGCAUUUGGGCAUUUCGAGAUAGAUCAUCGAGCCGAAAAUUCCAGCUCGUCGAUCUCAAGCUCGGAAGUGGUUCGAAAUUUCUCAGACAGCAGAGGAUUGAAGGGCCCAAUGGCCGCAGGAUUUUUGCCGCGAUACAGACCACAGAUGCUCUGAAAGAGCCUCUGGCAGAACUGAAAUCUGGACAGUUCCAGGAGUUCCACGAGUUGCCGUCGGGCAUGAAACUGGAGGUCAUCGUGCAAACUGCAGGGAGGGAUUCGAGGAAGAAGACUUUUCCUCUGCUCUUCGUUCACGGCAGCUCCCACGCCGCCUGGUGCUGGACUUACCAUUGGAUGCCAUUUUUCUCGGCUCGAGGCUAUGACUGCUACGCCGUCAGUCUUCUCGGUCAAGGAGCGAGUGAUGUACCACAAGCAGCGGUAGCUGGCUCCCUCGAUUCCCACGCGAAGGACAUUGCACAUCUCAUAAGGUCCAAAUUUACUGCACCCCCUGUGAUCAUUGCUCAUUCUUUCGGUGGCCUUGUGAUGCAAUGGUUCCUCUCGAAUACGGGUCGGAAUUCAACCUCUGAAGAAUCCGACGGGAUAUGCCCGAGGCCCGCAGGAGUUGUUCUCGCCUGUUCAUCUCCUCCAUCUGGGAACGGGCCUAUGGUAACUCGUUUUAUGAAGAGGGAUCUCAUCGCGUCGAUAAAGAUUACAUUAGGUUUUGCAGCGAAGAUGGUAGGCUCUUCACGUUCAAUCUGUCGGGACUGUUUCUUCUCCGCGGACAUUCCCGAGAGCGAGCUGAAAGAAUACCAGGAAUUAGUGAAGAGAAGUUCUCGCCUUCCAAUUCUAGACGUUCGCGCUCUCAACAAAUCUCUGCCUGUGCCUCCACCUCCAGAAGGUAUACCGCCGGUUCUUGUACUUCACGCUGAAAACGACUACCUCGUGGAUGCUGAAGGUUCUCAAGAAACGGCAGAAUGGUGUGGGACUCGGCCCGUGGUAGUUCUCAAUUGCGCCCAUGACAUCAUGCUUGAUAACGAGUGGCACCAGGCUGCUCACGUAGUAAAGUCGUGGCUCGACGAACAUGCUUUGUAACAUGCUUCUUUCUUUGCGCACCUUUAUCCUCAUUUUAGGGGAAAAAGCGUUUCCUGAACACUCUUCUUUCAAACCUGCUGCAGAACGUAAUGGCAUGAAAGGCUGUGGAGUCUAAGCGGGGCCUUCUACCGCAUGACAUGUGUGUGUAUAUUGAUGCACCUUCUCACUCAUUUCCUCUCCGGCUUUUUGCUUGCUCACUUUCUGCCAUCGUACUUCCAUAUCACAGGGAAUCACAGCUCGUAUCCCUGCCAUUUCAGGACUCUGUCUGAUAUUGUGAAGUGGGCAGAAGUUUGUCUGCCUUUCUGUGCUCCACCAAAGUGGGUGGGCAUGCUUAUGAUUGUGGUGUUGUCGGUCGCUGGAUAAGUUCUCGUGUGAACGAACAUACAUUCUCAGAUAAGGUGGAAGGUGCGAAGGGGUUGUAUUUUCUGAAACGAGACUCCAGAUUUAUCACCAUGUGUUGUGCUAAGGAGGAAACGAAUUACCGUAAGAAACAGAAGUCUCCAGACUGGUCGUGAACCAUGACUUGAUCUCCUUUGCACGGAAAAUCUCGAGUGCAGAACAAAUGCGGAAAUUCGUUCUGUAGCUCAGGUAUGUGAUUGAUCGGUCGCUUCGCCUUUUCAAGUCACCCGGCGAAGUCGCCUGCAUUGCCCAGUAAGUCGCAUCAUCCUAGUCUCACACAGACACCAUGGAUGAGGAUUCAUUUGGAUUCAAUGAUUCAUCAUGAAUCCAAAUAAAUCAAUAUGACCUCACGAGUUUUCUCGUUGCGAAGAAUGUGGAGAGAAGAAGCGCGAUGAGGGACUCUCUAGAGAAACUUUUGUUCGAGACGCUCUAGCAGCUCUACAGAGACGCCAAGUGCAGACGUAUGAGCAAGAACAACCUUGAUGGGUUUCUCGGGCUCUGCUCCGGUAGAUACCGUGCAAACGAGCGUGCGUGUGUAUGCUUUGAGCUACUAUCUUUCUAUCCUGCUUUAGUGUUUUUUGGACAUCAACAUUCGUGCAAUGUGUCACAACCUUUAUAAGAAUCACUUGGAGACGU